AGUUUGAGUGAAAUAAACCACAAAAUUGAAUCCUCCUCCUAUCUUCUUCCUUCGGGGGAAGAGGAAGAACUCUUUUACCAAAACAAUGAGAAAUUCUCACAAUUCCCAAACAACGAACAAGCACAACCAAUACUUUGACAAAUUUAUUCCAUGAGAAAUCGCCUUAAACGAUUUGCACGUAGAAAUCGGGCAAAAAUGUAUAUACCAUUAAAAAAGCUGGUGAAAAAUCUAAGAUGGACAAGCAUAAUUCUGGGUGUCACCAAUGUUGGUGUAAUAUUCAUGGGUGUAAUUUUCUUUGUUUGUUGGCAUGGAAGAUCCUGUACUCGCACUCAACUCCUCCCUUUUUUCUUUGUUAUGGUUGCUGCCGGGGUUCGGGUGAUGGCCAUGAUUCGCUGUGCAGUUGAACAACAAGCUGCUGCCAUUGCUGUUCUGGGUUCGGGUUCGAGUUCCAGUUCGGUUCCUGAUGCUUCUGUGGUUGCUGUUGAUCUUUCUCGCCUCGAAAGACGGCUAAGUUACAAGAGGUGGCUUUGGUGGACAAGGUUCGCAACCGUCGUUACAUUGGUGCAACUUUUACUAGCAAUGUACCUCAUCUUUGUAGUGGGUAGUAAUACUCCAUCAACUGACUGUGCAUUAGUGUCACUUUCAAGCACCGGAGGAUGGAAGAGGCUUCUGCUUGUUGUUUUUCUGCUAAUGGUAUGCUUCGUAGCAAUGCUACAAUGUUUUGCGAGUUCUGAUGUCCUAAGAUGGAGAUCCUUCUAUGACAUGCAAGAUAGUGCUUGGAAAGCUCAUUAUCAGGAGGUGUUCGACCACGGUAUUCGUGAGGCUUUAUGCUGUUUGGGUCGUGUUAAAUACCUGAAGAACAUGGAGGAGGAUGAAGUUAACUCAGUGGCACAAAUGUUAGGUGAUCUUGUCACCUAUCGUGCCUCAGGCACAGGGCACUUGGAGUUCUUGGCAGGUCUGGCUCUUCUGCAGAUGCAUAACCAGUAUCCUAAGUUAGAUGCCAAUUCAGUUGAUGCUCCUGAAGAUAAGAUUGAAGAGGCAGCUGCAUUUUAUCCCUUUGCAGAAGCUGCUUACACAGGUCCAUUACUGGAUGUUGGUAGAAAUCCUAUCUUAUUUCCAUGUGCAUGGCUGUAUAGGCAAGGAGUUUUUACAGCAUGGAGUCGUAACAGGCGGCCUGUGCUACAGGGUGAUAAUUGGUGGAGAGGCCAUGCAGCAGCCUUUCUUAAUUAUGUUAAUUUAUCGCAGGAGUCUCUUCGACGUGGUCGUGUGAACCAGGGUAAGUGCCAGGCUGCAUACUUCAUUGUGGUUUUGCAUGAUAUAAGGUCUGUAGUUAUUGCAGUACGAGGUACUGAGACACCUGAAGAUCUUAUUACUGACGGACUAUGCAGGGAGACUUUUCUCACAAUGGAAGACUUAGAUGGAUUGAUAAGUGGCUUGCAUAUUGAUCCUAUCACGAGACAAGCUGUUCUUUCGUCGUUCCCUCAUUAUGGACACUCGGGAAUAGUUGAAUCUGCUAGAGAACUUUAUCACCAUAUUGAAGGGGCCUUCUCAGGUGCUAGUGGAGCUGCUGCAUUUGAAUCUGGUGGUUUUCUUUCGUCACUUCUGGGAGCAGGAUGUGAAUGUGAUGGUUAUGCAGUUCGGAUUGUGGGGCAUUCCCUUGGAGGUGCUAUUGCGGCACUGCUUGGGAUUAGGCUGUAUGGCCAAUUCUCCGACUUGCGUGUCUAUGCAUAUGGACCUCUUCCAUGCGUGGAUUCAGUUAUUGCAGAUGCAUGCUCAGGCUUCAUUACAAGCAUUGUACAUGACAGUGAAUUUUCAUCAUUUCUUUCUGUCAACUCAAUCUUAAGGCUAAGAGCUGCUGCAUUAACAACAUUUUCACAAGGCAGCACAACUGAUAAAGCCAUGAUUUCCAAGUUGGCACAGCUUUUUCUUAAUGUGAGCAAGUAUGAGAGUGGGACGGCGUUGACACCCAUUCCAGCUGCAGCUAUUGCUGGUGAUGCAACUCAAAGCUAUAUGACUGAUAAAGUCUAUGGAAAUCAGUCGAAAACAAUUUCUGAAGGAAACAUGGACCUUGGUAACUAUGCUGUCCUGCAUAAUGAAUCUCGUAUCAAUGAAAUUUGCAAAAGCAUGGCAAAAGAUUUGCUGGAAGAUGUUACAGAUUCUUUUCUUCCUGAUGAAAAUCAUGUAGAUGAUCCAGUCUCUCGGUUUUUGGAAGCAGUGCCAUCAUCUGUCACCAGAUCGACUGGUGAUCCACCAGAAAUCUAUCUUCCAGGCCUUGUUAUACACUUAAUUCGAAGACAGAGGGGUAUUAGUUUCCCUCUUUGGAAAGGUUGGGGACCUCAAGAAAGAGAACCACCAUACAAGGCAAUUAUAGCUAAUCGAGAAAAUUUCAAGGAGAUACUCGUUUCACCCUAUAUGUUCCUCGAUCAUCUUCCCUGGCGAUGUCAAUAUGCUUUGCAGAGAGUGUGGGAAUCUCGGAAAAUGAAGAUGAACCAUGAUGGGUUGCAAUCGGUUUGAGCUUAGAUUAGAUGUCAAUAUACUUUUGCAGACAGUCUGGGAAUCUCGGAAAAUGAAGAUUAAUUAUGUCUGAGUUGCAAAUGGUUUGAUCUCAGUUAAUGAGCCUAGCUAGCUCACAAACUACUCGAGCUCGGCUCGAAAUUUUCUAGAAUCGAGCAUCGCAAAGUUCGAUUCGAAAAGUUCGUUAGGAGACUCGAAAUAUGUUUUAGCUAUAUUAUUUUCCAUAUUAUAGAAAUUAAAUGAACUCUUUUAUUUAAAUGUUGCACAAUACUUGUGAAAAAACUCAAACUAAGUAGUCUAAACCUAUAAAAUAUGUAAUAUAAUUUUUUAACUUAAGUUCAGUUUUAAGGUAAAUUGAACUACAAAAUUUAAGCUCGAAAAAGCUUGAUACUUCGCCCAAGUUUGAGUAUAUUCAACUUUGUUCGACUCACGGUCUUCGUUUUGCCAAGGACAGUGUUUUUUCGCCACAUUGGCCUUCCUGACACGAGCGGAGGCAUGUUUGUUAACUUUGAAGUGGGCAACGUCUGCAACUUCCUCUCUUGUUAGUAUUCACACAGACUCCCAAAGUCUAGUCUAGAAGCUGACAUCCCUUCGCACGUCGGAUAUACAUUGCCAGAUCUUUAUAUUGUUGUCGAGUAACAAAGGUAAGUAGGCAAGACAUUGCCUCAGCACAUGAUUUAGCUAAGUUAUGUCAGCCAUUUUGUAACUAGUUUGUACGCUUUCUCGUUGUAAAAAAAAAAGUGAGUUGUAAUGUGAGUGGUGUCGUAGGGUUAAGUUUAAGUGUCCAGCAAACAUUGACUACUUCCAAUUCGUUGUUGCGGAGUCUUUCACGAACUUCUCGCCUAGAAUUAUGAAUGCUGGAACUUUCUGCACUAUUCAAGCUCUCUUUGCAAUCCUACAUUGUGGCAAGGUAAAUUCCCGUCAUCUUGACUUGAAAAUGGGGAUUUGCCUUUUCUCCGUUUUAUAAAGUAAUGUACUAAUCGUAUAUAAUUUACACCUUUCUUUUGUAGUAAAAGAAAGGUGUAAAUUAUAAAGGAUAAAUACCUUCUUAAGUCACUAUAUGUGUAAUACUCCGUAUUUUUGGAGUUAUUCCUUAUAAAUAAGAAAAUAUAAAGAAUAGAAUCGAAAAGUAUUUUAGUAUUAUGUACAAAAAAAAUAAUAAAAUAAUAAUAAUACAGUUUGAGUACGCUAACAACUAUAACAUAAGUAUAUUAUAGUUCAGUUUCUUUUAAUUUCGGAAUAAAUAAAAUUAACCAAGCCUUACUAGACUUAGGAUGGCACACUAUAAAUAAGAAAGGAGAGAAAAAAACAGAAUAAAAUAAUCAAAAACCCUAAUUCUCUCUCCCUCUCAGCCGUCUCUCUCUGUUUCUCUCUCCCAGCCGCUCCCUCUCUCCCCUCUCUUCUUUUACCUCGCCGUUUUCUCUCUCCUAUCUCCUCCUCCCUCGCCAUUUUCUCUCUCUGAAUCUCGUCCUCUUCUACGGGAGGUCGGAUUGUCGUGCGAGAGGGUUGGGCGAGCAAGCGGCAAGUGCUCAAGUGUUGUGUGUGCGGUGUUCGAGACUAGUCAGCGGAUCGAGCGUAGGCGUCGAGGGCUAGGCGCGAGGUUGUGCGAGGGUGGUGCGAGCGAAGGUGUCGAGGCGGUUGGGCUGUGCGAGCGAAGGUGUCGAGGCAGUUGGGCGGUGCGAAGUCGCGCGUUGUGCGACGAAAGUUCGAGGAUUUGUGCGAGCGAUCCGUGCGACGAGGUUUGGGGGGUGCGAAGUCGCGCUUGCGAACCAAGGAGGGGCUCGAGUGUGGUGCAAGAAGGCGAGGGCGAGACCUCGAGUGUGGCUGUGUGGCGAGCGAGAGCCUUGUGCAUCACUGCCGGAAUCACAUCGCCGGUGAUUAUCCCCGGCGAGUCUAGCGAUAUAAAAACAUAAUACGUAUAAUAUGAUAUUAUGUUAGUUUUAGUAUUGUAUAAUCUGUUUUCUAUUGUAUUAAGUUGUAGAUUAAUUAGUUAAUUAAUUUUUAAUUAGAUUAAAUUAUUAAUUGACUAAGUUUGUAAAAUUAAUUUAAGUUGUAAGUCUGAUUUAGGGUUUUGUAAGUAAGGUGUAAAGUUAAGAAAUUAGAUUGUUUUUGAUUAGUUGGAAUGUUAUAAUGGCCUCGCUAUUCAAAUA